UUAGAAGAACAAAAGAGCUUACACAAUGUCAGACAGUUUACCUAAAUCUGACAAUAUCCAGAAGGUUAUUGCAUUAGAAGAUUUUUCUAAAAUGAAAGUUAAGGAUGCUGGUGAAGAAAGUGUCGUCUCGGUGGCUGUGGACUCGGAGUUGGUAGAAGAUUUAUACAUUGAUGAGCAAGAGGAAAAGGCACUUGUCAAAAAAUUAGAUUUCCGGCUCCUGCCCAUGCUGGCAUUCAUGUAUUUCCUGUCGUCAUUGGAUAGGUCCAAUAUUGGUAACGCCUACACUUCUGGAAUGAAGGAGGACUUAAAUCUCACUAGUAGACAGUACUCCAAUUGUGUUUCUGUUUUCUAUUCAACUUACCUGGCAGCUGAGUUGCCAGCUGUAUUAGUUUUAAAAAGAGCCAAUGUGAAGUACUAUAUGUCCUUUUUGGUGUUUUCCUGGUCGAUAAUAACCCUGAGCUCGGGUUUUGUUCGAUCCCAUAAAUCUUUAUUGGCGCUAAGAGUUCUUUUAGGUACUUUUGAAGGCGGCUUUUUCCCUGCAAUGACACUAAUUAUUAGUAUUGUCUAUAAGCCUCAAGAGCAGGCUAAAAGAAUUGCUUUCUUCUUUGGAUCCGCUGCAUUAUCUGGAGCUUUUGGUGGACUCAUAGCAACAGGACUUUCAUCAGUUAAGAACGGUGGAGGUCUCGAGGGUUGGAGAUGGCUUUACAUUAUAGAAGGAUUGAUAUCUGUGUGCGCGUCUGUGUGGUUGUUCUUUGGGCUGCCAGCAAAGUUUGAGGUUUUACCUUUUUUGAAUGAGCGCGAGUGUCAUUUGAUGAGCAUUCGCAGUAAACAGAGGACUCAAUACAUGGGUAGCACUGAGAAAUUUAGCUGGUCAUGCGUGAAGGAUGCGUUUUUAGAUUUCAAAACAUACCUUUCUUUCACGAUACAAUUUUGUCAGGACACAAUAAUGUAUGGAUUUAGCACUUUUCUUACUGCCAUUCUCAAAAUGGGAUUAGGUUUUUCCUCCAUGCAGGCCCAGUACUUGAGUGUACCUGUGUACAUCUUAGCUGGUGUCGUGUUUUUAAUUUCAGCCUUUCUGAGUGACAGGUUCAAAAUGAGAGGUCCCAUUUUCUUUUGCUACAAUCUACUAGGCAUUGUGGGGUACAUUUUAUUACUGAGUGUAGGCAACGACGCUGUCAAAUACUUCGCCUGCUAUUUAAUAACGUUCUCUCUUUACACCGGUACUGGGCUUAAUAUAUCGUGGUUGACCAAUAACAUGGCCCCUCAUUAUAAGCGUGCAACUGCUUUAGGACUAAACCAAACUUUAGGGAAUUUAUCUGGUGCAAUUGCAGGUCAAAUAUACACCAAAUCUCCCUACACCUUCGGCAACUCUUUUUCUUUGGGUUGCAUUGUGUUAUCGAACAUUCUUACUUUAUGUCAAGUGAUAAUAUUGAAACGCAUAAAUAUCAAGAGGAAGAAAAUUUUGAAUGGUGAGAUAUCUGAUAAUAUGAAAAACAGGAGAGGAGACUGGGCUUUGGAUUACGAGUAUUGUUUGUAAUGCGUGUUGUCAAUUACACCUGUCAGUUUGUUUAAUGAUGAGGCUAUCUGAAGUUUGUGUUAAGAUGU